UCAGGUUUAGGGUCAUACGCUUCACCGUUCUGUGUUCACACCUCGUAAGUACUACGCUGUUAAUACCGGAUUACUUCAAGUUUAGGUAAUGAAUUUUGUUGGUUGACUACGAGAUGAAACUGUUCAAUGGACGACUCAGAUUUUGUAGAGAAAUCGCUUAAAUCGACCAGCGAGCAUAAAUGUAAAUCAGGGAGCGAAAUUAUUUCAAAGCCAGUGAUUAGAAGUGAUUAUUUGCUGCCGGGAGGUGAUAAGGACAAAUGCUUCGUAUGCAAUAAAGAUUUGAAACAUUUGGAUGAAUUGCGCAAGUCGUUACAUAUCAAUUGUUGUUUGGAUCAGCAAGAAACAUGCGAAAAAUACAAAACAAGAAAGAAAGAAUGGAAGAAAGUAGUGGAUUGUCCUAUAUGCGGUGAACCUUUAGAAUCAGGACCAUUUCGUGCAACACAUGUUAAACGCUGUGGUAAAAAGCAUCACGUUAAUCCUAACAGUCUUUUGUUACUGCUAGAUACGCAAACUAAAGUUGCAGAAGCGAAGAAACGAAAUGGUGCUGCACAUACAAAGCAGGGGCAGCCAAAACUAGAAACAAAAAAGCGUCCUAUUCGUUUGAAUGAGGAACCGCGUUCACUAUUCGAUGAACAAAUGAAGCUGGGGAAAGCUCUUUCUGCAAGCAUGUGCCCGAGUGAAAGUAAAAUGUACACUGAAACACAUGAGCCACCACAGAAGUUACCUAAAAUGAAAUCUGAAAAGCGACGACCUCGAUCAUUUUCGUUUGUGGAGCUUGAACCACGUGUAUGCAAGUGUGAAGUGAUUGAAAAAAUACAGGAGAAUUUUCUUAACAUUUUCAAAACCCGAGAUGAAGAAGAUAUGCGCACAAUAUUGAAAAAAAAUAUUCAGGAUACCGAAGAGAUUUUGAAAAAUGCAGGAGUGUGCUUGCGUAAAUUAAAUAGUUUGAAACAAUUGGCAGAUGAUUUAGCUAGUUUUACUGAAAACAACAGUGAUGUCAUUGUUUUUUCGCGCGAAAACGAAACUUUUUUAGUUUGUCAGUUUAUUAUAGCUGCUCGAGCACCAGCACUUUUACAGCACUUGAAUCAGGAUGGUUCUUUGAAGUUGAGGGAAUAUUCAGGAGCAGCAGUCAGAUCUUAUAUGGCUUUUUUGACUUCGGCUUCAAUAAUUUGGACUGAAAAUGAACGCGAAGAAGUGCAUUCUAUGGCUGUAAAAUAUGGGCCGAAGGGUUUAGCAGCACUUUGUAAAUCUACGAAGUUGGAAGUAUGCUUCAAGAAAGAAACUGUGGAACAUUAUCCAGAAAUAGAUGUUAGUGGGAAUUGUAACGGUAUGGAAAAAGUUCCAAAUGUGAAAACAACUGAAGAAAUGGAAGAAGGACGAUGUUUUUCAGAUGCAAAACUUAGAGUUUGUGGUGGAGAAAAAGAAGAAACAAAGAAUAGAGAUCCGGAAUUCGUCAAUAGCGAGGGUAAUGAAUUCAUUGGUGGAAGUCCUAAUUUACUUCGGUAUUCUUUAUCAAAGUGUAAGAAGUCAUCAGUGGACGAGAAAUCCGAAAUUUUAGAAAAAGGAAUUGCCGAAUUUGCCAAGCAGGAUAAUUCGUUUUUAUUGGGCGAUCGAGUUGACAAUUAUGUUCCGCUUUCUUCUUCUCCUCUCCCUCCUUGUGCCUCACCAAAUCUAAUUGUUAUGGAUCAUUUGAAUGACUCCAUUGAAAGCUUGCUGAAGAAACUUUCACCAAUCAAACCAUUGCCGUCAUGCGAUGGAUUUUCAUUACCAACUGCUUGUUGUUCGAGGCAGGCAGCAAGCGAUAACUUAUCGGGUAAUUCACCGGGAAAGCUUCUCACUUCACCAAGCUCUCGGAACAAAAAGUCUGAAGAAUCGUUAAUAACGAAAACUAGUCUAGACUUUUCAUUCAUUCCAAAAAAGUCUACCCAUUUGUUGUCAUCGUUAUCAUUACUCGACCGGUCUUCUCUUCCUCACAAAAACGUUGUUUCAUCACCUGAGAAGAAAAGAGUGCGAGCCGAAGCUUUUAUACAUCAAGAAGCUUCGACACCAGAGGUUUCAACAAAUCGUCAUGUACAGCGAUUAGAAGAACUGGGUACGGACGUAAAGAUUCUGAAAACAAAAGAUAUUACGCCAAUGCCGGUUUAUGAUUUGAUGAAUGAUAAAGAAUUAAAGACGGAACUGGCAAAAUUUGGCAUAAGACCGAUGGGUAAGAAACGGGCUGUUGCACUCCUUAAAAAAAUUUAUCAUGAAACACACCCAGUAUUGGCGAGCACACCAAGCACACCAUUAUCAAGGAAAAGUAAAACAACCUUAAAUAGCAAUAGGCAAGUGAAGACAAAAGAAAAUGUAGAGCCUUGUAGUGAUGAAGACUCCGAUGGAGACAAGACAUUGAACACAAGUCUGGAUGAACAUAAGAUUAUGGAGGAAUCUUGUAUGAAUGAAGAACAGUCUGCACUUCUCCCAAAAGAUUUGGAAGGUAUGCAGAGCGUUUUGCUUAAUUGGCUACGCAGAGAGGAAAAUUCCAGUCUAUAUAACCAUUUGCUUGGUCUAAACGUAGUUCCUUUCGAAGAGUUUGCCAAUCGUGUGUCACAUGCUGAUUCGACUGUGUCACAGAUUCCGAAGAAGGCACUUGUAGAAAUACUAGAUCGUUUGCACGUUACUUUUCGAAUGCCGAUGGAUGGAUGGGACCGGAAAAGAAGACGAGCUAGAAGAUGAUUCGUAUUCUUUAUUAAGAGAGUAUAGAGUGAUUUUAAAGUAGGAGAAAAUAUAGUUGAUUAGGAUUAAAAGGAAAGUUGAAUCUUUAUUGUUGAAAAUGGAGAUCAUUUUAUUUUUUAACUUUUGCUUUAUGGAUUUCCUUAGUUCGCGUUUCACUAUUCACAGUAGAAACUGAAUCAUCAACAGAUUGUGGUAUCUUUUUCAUAUUAGCCUUCAAGCUUACCAGAUUCCGAACUUCGUCAAUAUAUUGAACGUCUGUAAGUAGUUCUGUCUUUCUCCUUCUUAUGCAAUGUUUACUUAUUCGUAAUUUGAAGCAAAGAUUUGCCACGAUUUUCCGAUAUUUGUUGGUUAGUCUUGAUCAUUGAUUGUUGUCCCUGUUUCAUACAUAGUCAUUUUAUACCAAUGUUGUUUUUCAAAUUUCGCGAGAUUUCUGCUUGAUCGCUAAAAUAAUCUAAAAUUCUAAGCGAAUAAGACCGUUCGAACUCUGAGAAUAAACUAGAUUAUGUGCUGUGCGAUUUGAGGUUUAUAAGUCAUGUUGGAGAGUGAACCAGCAAAUAACUCAUAAAAGAAACUUACUCUACGUUUCCAAUGUUAUUUUUUCUAUGAAUUAUUUGUAUGACUUGCCAUAAUCGUUGUAUCCACCUUUUGAAUGAGAUUUUUAGAAAUUUGGGUUUGCAGGAACUGAAAACACUAUAGAAGAUAUAUUGAAAAAGGAUCUUUUAUGGCGCAAGGUAAAUAUCGCUGUUUUCUGGUCAUUUUUGUGAUAAAAAAAAAAAGUGGGAAAACGACAUAGGACUUGUAUGGUUUGUGUUCUGUGUUUUGGGUUGCAUGUAGAUGUAAAGUCUAUAUACCGGUAGAG